AUGGGGACCUGGAUUUUAUUCGCCUGCCUUUUGGGAGGAGCCUAUAGUAUGCCUCUACCACCUCAUCCUGGGCACCCUGGUUACAUCAACUUCAGCUAUGAGGUACUUACACCUCUGAAAUGGUAUCAGAACAUGUUAAGAUAUCCGUACCCUUCCUAUGGUUAUGAACCUGUUGGUGGAUGGCUGCAUCACCAAAUAAUUCCUGUGGUGUCCCAGCAGAGUCCCCAGAAUCAUGCCCUGCAGCCUCAUCACCACAUCCCCAUGGUGCCAGCUCAGCAGCCUGUGGUACCCCAGCAACCAAUGAUGCCAGUUCCUGGCCAACACUCCAUGACUCCAAUCCAACACCACCAGCCAAACCUCCCUCUGCCCGCCCAGCAGCCCUUCCAGCCACAGCCUCACCAACCCCUACAGCCCCAGCCACCUGUGCACCCCAUCCAGCGCUUGCCACCACAGCCACCUCUGCCUUCAAUAUUCCCCAUGCAACCGCUGCCCCCUGUGCUUCCUGACCUGCCUCUGGAAGCUUGGCCAGCAACAGACAAGACCAAGCGGGAAGAAGUGGUGAGUACACCUUGA